UGGGGCUUCCCUUCUCUCCUCAUUCAGCGCUGCCUCGCUGCUGAGCGCUCGCCGCGCCGCUAGCCCGGCAUGUCCCGCAGCCGGGCUCCCCUCAGCGACCGGCCCUUGUAGAGCCUCCACCCACGGGCGAGGCAGGGCCGCGGGAGCGGCAGGGGGUGCCGUUGCCCAGCCGCGCCGGGCACCGCGCGGCCAUGGGGGGCUCCUGAGGCGGCCGAGGAGAGCGGCGGGGAAGCGGAACGCCUCGCCCCGCGGCCGCCACCAUGGAGGAGGCGCCGCCGCCGCCACCCGGCGCCCCCAGCGCCGCGGAGCCCACCGGUUGCCCCAAGGACACCGACCGCCAACUGCGCCUCCGCCUCUGCGUCCUCAACGAGAUCCUCAGCACCGAGCGGGACUACGUGGGGACUCUCCACUUCCUACAGUCGGCAUUUCUUCACCGGAUCCGCCAGAAUGCUGUGGACAAAGCUGAGAAGUACAUAACAGAGGAGAACAUUAAGAUUUUAUUUUCUAACAUUGAAGACAUUCUUGGUGUUCACAAGGAGUUCCUGGCUGCCCUGGAAUUUUGUUUACAACCAGAACCUCAGUCUCAGCAUGAACUAGGAAAUGUUUUCUUAAAAUUUAAAGACAAAUUCUUUGUGUACGAGGAGUACUGUAGCAACCACGAGAAAGCACUUAGACUGCUGAUGGAAUUGAACAAGAUCCCAACAGUGAGAACAUUCCUCCUGGGCUGCAUGCUUUUGGGAGGCAGAAAGACGACAGACAUUCCACUAGAGGGUUAUCUGCUGACUCCAAUUCAGAGAAUUUGCAAAUAUCCACUUCUGCUUAAGGAGUUAGCUAAGAGGACUCCCUCUAAGCAUCCUGAUCACCCAGCUGUCCAGAAUGCAUUGCAGGCAAUGAAGACAGUCUGCACAAAUAUCAACGAGACCAAGAGACAGAUGGAGAAACUGGAAGCCCUUGAACAGUUGCAGUCCCACAUUGAAGGAUGGGAGGGGUCAAAUCUGACAGAUAUCUGCACACAGCUCUUGCUCCAAGGGACUUUGUUAAAAAUCUCAGCAGGAAACAUCCAGGAGAGAAUGUUCUUUCUGUUUGAUAAUCUACUGGUUUAUUGCAAGAGGAAAUCCAGAGUUACUGGAAAAAAGCCAUCUAAACGGACAAAGUCAAUCAAUGGGUCCCUUUAUAUCUUCAGGGGCCGAAUAAAUACAGAAGUCAUGGAGGUGGAGAAUGUAGAAGAUGGAACAGCAGAUUACCACAGCAACGGCUACACUGUGACAAAUGGCUGGAAGAUACACAACACAGCCAAAAACAAAUGGUUUGUUUGUAUGGCCAAGACUGCAGAGGACAAACAGAAAUGGCUGGAUGCUAUAAUCAAGGAAAGGGAGCAGAGAGAGAGUUUGAAACUGGGAAUGGAGAGGGAUGCAUAUGUCAUGAUUGCAGAGAAAGGAGAGAAGCUGUACCAAAUGAUGAUGAGCAAGAAAGUGAACCUUAUCAAAGACAGGAGGAGAAAAUUAAGUACUGUUCCCAAGUGCUUUCUUGGCAAUGAGUUUGUAUCAUGGCUCACAGAGAUUGGAGAGAUAAGCAAACCAGAGGAAGGGGUCAACCUGGGACAGGCGCUAUUGGAAAAUGGAAUCAUUCAUCAUGUUUCAGAUAAGCAUCAGUUUAAGAAUGAGCAGGUGAUGUACAGAUUUCGCUAUGAUGAUGGAACAUACAAGCCAAGAAGUGAGUUGGAAGACAUCAUGUCCAAGGGUGUAAGGCUCUACUGCCGACUACACUGCCUAUAUACUCCAGUGGUAAAAGACCGUGACUACCACCUAAAGACCUACAAAUCAGUAAUCCCUGCAAGUAAACUAGUGGAUUGGCUUAUUGCACAGGGAGACUGUCAGACUCGGGAGGAAGCUGUUGCACUGGGUGUUGGACUCUGCAAUAAUGGCUUCAUGCAUCAUGUCCUGGAGAAAAGUGAAUUUAAGGAUGAAUCCUUAUAUUUCCGCUUUUAUGCUGAUGAGGAGAUGGAAGGCACCAGUUCCAAGAGCAAACAAUUACGUAAUGACUUCAAGCUCAUGGAAAACAUCCUGGGAAAGAGUCUUCUGAUUUUACCAGAAGAUGAUGACUAUGGAUUUGACAUAGAAGAAAAAAACAAAGCAAUUGUGGUGAAGUCAGUUCGACGAGGGUCUUCUGCAGAGAUUGCUGGCCUGCAGACAGGAAGAAAAAUAUAUUCCAUCAAUGAGGACUUAAUAUUCCUACGCCCGUUUUCAGAAGUGGAAACCAUCUUAAACCAGUCCUUCUGCUCACGAAGGCCACUUAGGCUUCUGGUAGCCACCAAAUCAAAAGAGAUUAUUAAAAUCCCAGAUUGUCCUGAAGCACUUUGCUUUCAGAUACGGGGAGCAGCACCACCUUAUGUUCAUGCAGUAGGAAGAGGUUCUGAGGCUGCAGCUGUAGGUCUUCAUCCAGGGCAGUGUAUUUUGAAAGUUAAUGGGAAUAAUGCAACACAUGGAAAUUAUAUGGAAGUUAUGGAGCACUUUACAGCCUACAGGACCAGACAACAGGAAGCACUGGGAUUAUACCAGUGGGUGUACAGAACACACGAAGAUGCUGAAGAGGACAGGGUUCAGCAAGCAGCAUCCACUGCAUAUCUGAAUGGCAGUCAUCCUGACUCCAGCAAAGAAGACUCUUCACUGGAGGGAGGUGCAGAAUUGGAUCCACUUCAAAAUAGCCAACAGGAAUCAGCCCAGACACCACAGACCAUCAGCUCUCCACUGGUCAUUAGUGAAGAAACACCUCUCAUUAGCCUGACUGUGGAUAACACCCACCUGGAGCAUGGGGUGGUGUACGAAUAUGUCAGCAGCGCAGGAAUCAAAUCCUUUGUCCUGGAGAAAAUUGUAGAACCAAAAGGUUGCUUCAAUCUCACUGCAAAGAUUUUAGAGGCCUUUGCUGCAGAGGACAAUCACUUCGUAAGGAAUUGCAAAAGACUUAUAUCCCUAAGCAGUGCUGUGGCCACCAUGCCCCAGUAUGAAUUCCGGCAAAUCUGUGACACUAAGCUGGAAAGCAUUAGCAGAAGGCUCACAAACUACCAGGAGUUUGCAGAUGAAUUGAAAACAAAGGUGAGCCCAGCCUUCAAACAAGCCAUCAUGGAACCACAUUCCCUUAACAGCAUGGAUUUCUGCCCCACCAACUGCCAUAUUAACCUCAUGGAGGUAUCAUACCCCAAAAACACUACCUCAGCGGGGAGGUCGUUCAGCAUUCGCAUUGGACGGAAACCCUCUAUUAUUGGUCUUGAUCCAGAACAAGUAGGUACCUUAAAUCCAGUCUCCUAUACUCAACAUUGCAUCACCACUAUGGCUGCACCAUCCUGGAGAUGUCUGACCCCAGAAGAUGGAGAUCUUGAUGGUAGCUUUGGCCAGCAGAAUGGAGGAACAAUUCAGGAAGAAAGGGGACUCAGUUUUCUGCUGAAACAGGAAGAUCGCGAGAUACAGGACUCAUACUUGCACCUUUUUAACAAACUUGACAUUGCAGUGAAGGAAAUGAAGCAAUAUGUCAUUCAGAUAAAUAAACUUUUGUCCACCAUAACAGAACCUACAGAAGGUGGUGCCUGUGAGCCACCAUCUACUGAGGAGACAUCUCCACCUUCCCUGGGAACAGAAGAGAGUGAUCCUGACAAAGCUGAGCAUGGUGGAAUCAAGAAGGUCUGUUUCAAAGUUUGUGAGGAGGACCAAGAAGACUCUGGACAUGACACAAUGAGUUUCAGAGACUCCUACAGUGAAUGUAACAGUAACCGGGACUCAGUGUUGUCAUACACCAGUGUACGGAGUAACAGCUCUUACUUGGGCAGUGAUGAGAUGGGAUCAGGAGAUGAGCUUCCCAAUGAUAUGAGGAUUCCUUUAGACAAACAAGACAAACUUCAUGGCUGUCUGGAACAUCUUUUUAACCAGGUUGAUGCAAUCAAUGCACUUCUAAAAGGACCAGUAAUAACUAAGGCCUUUGAAGAAACCAAGCACUUUCCAAUGGAACACAGUUUGCAAGAAUUUAAACAGAAGGAAGAAAGCACAGUUAGGUGCCGGAAUAAUAUUCAAGCCAGCAUUCAAGAAGAUCCGUGGAACCUUCCAUUGCGCAUCAAGAACCUUGUUGAAAUCAUACAAAAACAUGUGGAAGAUGGGAAGAACCAGCUGCUUUUGGCCUUGUUAAAAUGCACAGAUACUGAGCUACAGCUGAGACGUGAUUCCAUCUUCUGUCAGUCUCUUGUGGCUGCUAUUUGCACCUUUUCAGAGCAGUUACUGGCUGCUCUCAACUAUCGAUACAACAACAAUGGGGAAUACGAAGAGAGCAGCAGAGAUGCCAGCAGAAAAUGGCUGGAACAGAUAGCAGCCACUGGUGUUUUACUAAACUACCAGUCUCUUCUCUCCCCCGCUGUGAAGGAGGAGCGUACCAUGCUGGAAGACAUCCAGGUCACUCUGACUGAACUGGACAAAGUUGCCUUCUAUUUCAAGCAGCUGGAUGAAAGUCUUGUAGCAAAUACUCAUGUCUUCUACCACAUCGAAGGAAGUCGUCAGGCCUUGAAGGUUAUCUUUUAUCUUGACAGCUACUACUUCUCCAAACUGCCUUCUCGGUUUCAGAAUGGGGGAAGCUUGAAACUGCACACGGUGCUCUUUACAAAAGCUCUGGAGAGUAUGGAGGGGCAAUCACAACCAGCUGGCUCAUCUCUAGAAGAACUUCCACAGCAAAUUAAUGGUAUUUCACUUGAAAAAGUGCAGCAAUAUUACCGUAAACUCAGGACAUUUUACCUAGAGAGAUCAAACUUGCCCACUGAUUCCAAUACUACUGCAGUGAAGAUUGACCAGCUUAUUCGCCCCAUUAAUGCAAUGGAUGAGCUUUGCAGGCUGAUGAAGUCUUUCAUUAAUACAAAACCAACCCAGUCAGGCUAUUCUAGCAGUAACACCUCAGGAGCUGGCCUGCUACCUAUAUCCUCUGAGCUCUGUUAUCGACUUGGAGCCUGUCAGAUUACAAUGUGUGGCACUGGGAUGCAGAGAAGUACAUUGAGUGUGUCCCUAGAGCAAGCAGCCAUACUGGCUCGAAGUCAUGGACUUUUGCCUAAGUGUAUCAUGCAAGCUACAGACAUCAUGCGAAAGCAAGGACCAAGGGUUGAACUCUCUGCCAAGAAUCUGAAAGUGAUGGACCAAAUGCCACAGUGUGCACCUCGACUCUAUAGGUUGUGCCAGCCACCUACAGAUGGGGAUUUAUAAAAGUGAGAGAGGCACCUACUUUGCAGCAUCGUUAAAGCAUUCAGCUAUGAGCAGCCCUGUCUGAGGACCCACUCUAACUGACACUGAUGGCGCUGAAUCCAGAGAGGACGAGAUAUUGCUCCGGUUUAGUAGGAUAUGAACCUGCUGGACCCAGGCACCAAGAAUCUGCCUUUGAACUCCUGCAGCAUGUGCAGGGAUUCCUGUAUUGCUUUGACUUCUUGAAGAAAUUCUUGAAACAACCACCACAGAGCUAAGAUGGAUGUUACUGCCAUUUGCUAGAUGCCUGGAAAAGUGACAAUUGUAUUUCAAGAGAGCGCAGUUUUCCCUGAUGACUUGUUUGUGCUGCCACCUAAAAGUUGUGGACUUCAAGAUAUGGAUUGGUUAAGAAAAUCCAGAAUGACACGUAUCUCUCUCCCUGUACUGCAUCUGGCAUCCAUUUAAUUGCCAGCGUAAUUUUGGUCAGCAUCCUUGAGCAGUACCUUCAUAAACACCACUUUUUCAUUAACUGACCUGCACUUUUGAACAACGAAUAGCACAAUCUAUGGUUUAUUCAAAUAUGAACACAAAGAAUUUCUUCUGGAGUAAUUUUCCACUUCAGCCCAGUGAGAACCAAUCUCUCUAUGCUGCAGAGUAUACAUUCCAUAAUACUUCUUAACAUUACUUCAUUUUACUUACUGUAGCUUUCAGGUUUUUGAUUAACUCUUUUUGCUAAUGCCCUAUUAUGUACUCUGGAAAUACAGUAAUAUUUAAGAGGAGAGAUUGGGAGUGAAGGAUUUUAAAGGAAACUUUACAAAGGAAAAAUACAGUCUUAUAAUCUGAUUAUUUGAACAGAUGUAGUUUUUAAAACAGGUCAGAAGAACUAUACUUAUUUAUGUGGAGUGGAAUAUGUGUUUUCGAUCAUGUUAUUAUAUAUACAAGAUUUAAAUAAAAAUUAUAUUGUUUAAAAUGGGACCAAUAUGCUGGCAAUUACACAGCUACUCCCAGUUUACUGAAAAAAAUCUACAUUAUUUAAAAUCAUUCAAUAUUUAAGUAGUCUUUAAUACAGUUAUUAAGAUGUAUUAGGGAUGCUUUUAAGUUAAAAGAAAAAAGGAAUCGUGUAUAUAAUGUACUUUAUUUUUUCUUGUUUGAAAAAUUGUUCUCCAUUCUGUCAGUAUUAUCCUAAGCACAGUAAUUUUUUCCAAAUUACUGGCUGAAACUAAUUGAAACAUGUCAGCAGUCUCAGGACAGAAAUAAUGUUCUUUUGGAGUGAGUGCCUUAAUAUGACCACCCCUCCCUCACGAAUUUCAGUCAUAGCAGGUGUCACUAGAAGGGUGUAUUGGAAACUUACCGUUCCUCCACAGCCUCAUUUAAAACAAUUCAUAGUUAGGAGAUCCAGAAGCGCUUUGCAGUGAUGUAUAUUCUAGAAAAUAAAGGUUUGGGGUUUUUAUUUCUGA